CUCCAGCAAAAGUCCUUUGAAAGUUACACCGACGCUCAGGACAAAAUCUCCCAACUUCAGGAACAACUGCAGUCUCGCUCCUCUUCCGAGUCUGUUGAACUACAGAAGGUCAUUAAGGAACGAGAUCAGGCCUUGAGC